UGUAUUUCCUCAUAUGCGUCGUUUAAGCGGAAAUUGCAAAUCUGAUAUAAAUUUCGUUGCAAACCAAACGAAGAAGUACGAAAAGGAGGGAGAAUCGCAAAAUUACGAAUUAAAAUUUGUCGCGCGAAAUCGUUCAACAAGGAAGACUGAAACUUUUAUUCACACCGAGAUAGAAAAUUUUUGGUACGUCUCGUUCGUCGGAGAGGGGAGGAAGUCGGCAAGUUCUCAGCGAUGCGCGACGAAAGGCGAUGUUAAACGUUGCAUAUCGCGGUUUACAAAUCACGAAACGUGGUCGGACAAGUUUAGGCGGUCGUCGAAGAAAAAACCGAUGAAGCUUGACCAUACUCAACACAGGUAUCUAAAUAUGCAUCGAAAUCGUUGUAAAGAGCCGAUAAGAGAUGAUGAUUCAUACGCGUAACAUCUACGAUAACGAGUUUAGCGACUAAGCUAGAACGUGCCUGUGAUAUAUACGUUUUUUUAAAGUAUUGUGUGCAUUGAGAGAGAAGCACGGGGGAGAGUUGUGAAAUGCGUAAGAUCAAUGACCAAAGAAGCAACAGUAGUAUAAAAUCAGUAUGAUGUAAAGAAAGUGAAAGUGAGAGUGCGGACAGAACUGGAAUCGUCACGAUCGAAUCGAUAUAUGUACACCGAAUCACAACCGACAUGAAGUUGCGAUGAACGAAACAACUAGGCCGGACAUUUUCACGCGUCACUUAUGAUUUUACAUUUCGCAACGUAACACGUAUUAAAGCAAGUAUUCACUGACUAAAGAUCGCUAAGUAUAAUUUAUUCUAUUACAAUUUUUAUCAGAUCUUGUAUAUUUUUCCGAAAACAAACAAAAAAUACUGACUAUCGAAUGUAAGAUACGUUUGAAUAAUAGUAAAAAAAAAAAAAAAAUUAACCCAGAACCUAUGUGCUAUAAGAAAGGAAUGAUUUCAAUGGUACUUGGUACUUGGUACUUGGUAACUCGCACGAUGAUGAAACAUGUAUGAGAAGUGUAUUCGGACCUAAAAAACAGGAAAAAAGAGAGAGGGAGGGAGAGAAUUUUCAUUGUACGAAGCAAAAAAGUACGUUUACGAUUAUCAUAUUUAUUAAUGAAAAAAGAAAAAACAUGAAAAAUGAGUUGCAAUCGGUAUUUACAAAAGGCUUGGUUACACGAUGCCGAAUCAGCUUCAGUGAGAACGUAGCACAGAAUCGGAACUCGAUCGAGGUCGAGCCUUAGGAAUCGAUCGUGUAUUUCGAUACCCUUCUCUUUUCCGUAGAACCUGGUUGCUGUGUUCAAAAGUAAUUAAUCUGUCUGAAAAAAGAAAAAGAAAAAAAAAAAAAGAUCGAGAGGGGAGUCGGCGAACGGCACAAAAAAGAAAAAAAAAUCAAAUUUUCAUCGCAAGCGCCUGAGCAUCGUAUAUACAGAGUGUGUAUGUUUACGACAGGGAAUGAACCAAAACAUCAAUGACCUUGAAAGAGGAACAAUCACGUGACUGGGAGAGAGCACAAGGAUUGGAUAGUCUCGACGCAUAUAAUGUGUAUUGCGCCGUGCGCGCCCUAUGUCCCGCAUUCCGUGUCCGAUAGAUUGUAGAGAGUUUAGCGGGGCAAAAGGGGCGAAAGACAGACUACGCGACGGCUUACGACGACGACGGGCACGACGGCGACGAGGACGACGAGAGAAAAAACGGGAGGAGAGAGUGUGCUUGGCCCAUCUGUGUGUGCGCGCGCGUUGCUCGGUUGUGUUAUCCAAGAUGAAGUCCGACUCUAAACCUUUGUUGACAGCUCAGGCGGAAAAGGCGAAUCAUUACACGUAAGUAAGCGCCGGUCGCGCGUGCUACGUGAGAGAAAAAAGUGAGGAUAAAAAAAGAAAGAUAAAAUUUUGGAGAGUACCUCCCCCCCCAAAAAAAAGAAAAGAAAAAAGUGCGUGAUUCGGAUAAAAAUUAAAUGAUAAUAAUAAUAAUGAUAAUAAUUAAAAAAAAGUGGAGUGCUUAACGAUAAAAGAGAGAGAAAUAAUUCUAAUGAGAAUAUAUAACAUAAUAAUGAGAAAAAAAGUACACGUAAUACGAUAAUACGUGUGCUUAACGUUCGUAUGCAGUAAAAUAUAAAAUAGACUAAAUAUAUGUAAAAAAAAAAAAAGAAAAGAGAAAAGAAAAGAGAAAGAACGGAAUAAAAGAGGGAGGGCCGCGCGAGCACAGCAGCGCGGCAUCGACGCGCGCGUCAAAAUACGCCACGAAAUAAUGUGUAGCUCUGUGGAUUCGCAUUCCAGAUACUUGAAGGAAUUUCGCGUCGAACAAUGUCCCCUCUUUAUACAGCGCAAAUGCACACAGCACCGACCCUUCACGUGCUUCAACUGGCACUUUAUGAACCAGCGGAGGCGAAGACCGGUGAGAAAGAGGGACCGCACCUUCAACUAUAGCGCCGAUAAUUAUUGCACCAAGUAUGACGAGACUACCGGCAUAUGUCCAGAUGGAGACGAAUGUCCGUUCCUUCAUCGCACUGCUGGCGACACAGAGAGACGUUAUCACCUACGUUAUUAUAAAACCUGCAUGUGCGUCCAUGAUACGGACACACGUGGAUUCUGUGUCAAGAACGGCCCUCAUUGUGCCUUCGCACAUGGCAAUCAUGAUCUUCGCCCACCAGUUUACGAUAUUAAAGAGAUACAGGCGCUGGAGAAUCCCGAUUCUGAUCCUAAUUCAUCAUCUAACGGACCAAACAUACUUGACAAAGAGAGACACUUGAUGAACGAAGAUCCGAAAUGGCAAGACACGAACUACGUGCUGAGCAAUUAUAAAACAGAGCCCUGCAAACGACCACCAAGGCUUUGCCGUCAGGGCUAUGCUUGUCCACAGUAUCACAAUAGCAAAGAUAAAAGACGUAGUCCUCGGAAGUACAAGUACAGAUCAACACCAUGCCCCAAUGUAAAACAUGGAGAAGAAUGGGGUGAACCAGGCAAUUGUGAACAAGGAGAUGCUUGCACGUAUUGUCACACACGUACAGAACAACAAUUCCAUCCCGAGAUAUACAAAUCUACGAAAUGUAAUGAUGUUCAACAAGCUGGAUAUUGUCCGCGCGGAGUCUUCUGUGCUUUUGCACAUGUUGACCUGUUGCCAACAGAAGAAAUGAGCCUGGCGAGGGACAUGGCGGUACCUAUAGAUUGUGGCACCAAUUUGGCAGAUAUUCUAAGUAAUGCGCUUCCACCCGAUAAGCGUAGUCACGAAAAGGAUAAACCACUUAGUGAUAGUAGUAAUGGAAGCGGUGAAGUAUCAGAGUCAGCAAGUACUAGUAGUGUCGGCAGUAAUAGUUCACAUAGUAAAGCCCCUGGUGCUCAACUUCAUAACUCCAAUUCCAAUACCACUGUAAACACAUCCAAUCAGCAAAAGUUAACGAGCAUACUUUAUAAUCCCAGUUCUCUUUUGCAAGUUGGUGAAAUACGAAAACAAGUGGUUGCUAUAGAUAGUGAUCCUUUAUUAACAAAAGCAGAGAAAGCUCAACAGAAACAGAGCCUAUACAUUGCAUAUAGUUUGAACGGGAGCUUAGGAAAUCACUCAUUAGCAACUACUGUCUCACCGCUUUCAAGUUCAUUUUAUCCGAAUGACACUGUGGAAUCUGUAGUAGGAAAUGCAUUAGACGAGUUACAUCUAGAUGACCCUUUAAAUUUAGUAGAAUCAAUUCAUAGAGAUACUAAUUCACCAAUUAGCAAUUCAAUAUCAGCAGGCCUAGCAAGUUCUGGUCUAUUAGGAAGCUCAGCACCAGUUAAUAUCCCUGGGAUGAACGAACGUUCAGUUCUUACAAAUUUUUCACCAUCAACGUCCAGUCCACUUCUACAUUCGACUAGUUUUCUCACUGGAUCCAGAUUUUCUCACCAGGAUUCAAUAGAAUCGACUAUGCCAUUUAUGAAUCAAGUAUCAGAUCCAUUUAGCAAUCAUAUUUCACAACUUAGCAGUUCAGCUUCUAAGCUUAGCGGAUUUAAUAGUAGCUUAUUUGAUUUUACGAAUCAAGGAAUGUCUCCAUCUCGUACUCAACCUCUCCCAGCAUCUCCAUUGGUUAAUGCAUUUUCCAUUAGUCCAAGUAAUACAGGAUCUUUGUCUGAGGUGCAAAGGCUCAGAGAGGAAUUGACGUCAAGUCGUGCCCAGCUAGCAACUUGGGAUGAACGUAUUAAUCAAGCUAGAGCUGCUUGUGCUGCUUGGCAAUUAGAAAGUGAGGAAGCUAAAAGAAAAGCAAGUAUCGCUGAACAGCAGAGAGACGAGGCUUUGUUGCAAGUGAAAGCAUUAAGGGUAGAAAAUGAAGCGUCCAGUGGUGGGCCAUACCUUCACACAUUGAGAAGAAUAAGUGAACUCAGAUCAUUAUCUAUAGCCGCAUUAAAAUCAAUUCAAUCACAACUCCGUUCGGAUCUCGAAGAAGUAGAAAAGGUGCUGUACAGAGAAACGGCAACAAAGUGCAUGGUUUGCGAAGAACAAAAUCGCGCUGUUACCCUCUCACCUUGUAACCACUACGUGGUCUGCUCGACGUGCGCUCCAAAUCAACGUGAGUGCCCGUACUGCCAGACUCCGGUUGUCUCUACAAGUUAGGUCCGAAAAUUUUGUUAGAACAUCUGUUAUAAUCUACGCUCUUUCUCAGUAACCAGGACAGAUAUCCUCAUAAUUCUGUGAGUAGCACUAGGAUCUUCAACGUAAAUUUUCGGUACUUCAAACGAUAUGGUAUAUAAAAUGAACAAUUAAAAGAAUUUGUACGCGUACUAUCGCAGUAAAGAGAAGAAGAAGAAGAAGAAGAAGAAGAAGAAGAACGAACAAAUUUAUUCAAAUAUAUAAUUUGAUUAUCGCCAAAGUGAAUAUGGAUGUGAUGAGACUUCUAUUUGUCAUACGUCUUUGUGUCAACAGUUAUACUAUUCAUGAAGAUUCAGAUAUCACAUCCUUUAUAUUAAGAACACAUAUUAAUUGGAAUGGAGAGCUAUUUAAUAUAUAAUACAAAAUACUUUUAUUAGCAGGGUGCUAGCUGAAUAGUUAGCAUUUAAUGACACGUGUGUGCCAGUUACACAAACAUUGUAGCGUGAAGGAAAA